AAUAUAGCUGUGGAGCCAAAUUGGGAGAUCGAGAAUCUUCCCGUUUACUCGGCGCCGUAUCUUAGCGCAAAAAAAAAGUUCGAGCGUCAUCGUUACCGGCUCCGAAUUUGCAAGUUAGCCAUCUUCACCUUUUUUUCUCCCUUCUACCUUUGUGAUAUGCGCAAGUGCGACCUUAUGAGCUGUCUGAAUACGUACGAUACGAUAUUAUGAGAAGUUGUAAAGUCUGGUAAAAUUCGACGUGUGACUCGAAGCAUUAAAGAUGAAUUCGACUCUGUUUGCAAAGGCAGCGCUGCCCUCGCGCAUACUCUCUCCUGCUCAUAUAUACCGAAGGCAGAGAUUACGAAGUCACUUACGAAAGCGCGCGCAAGUUAGCACGAUAUGUUAUCUAUCAAAAAGACCGAAUAUUAUAGCGAAGCACCCUGCGCGCGAUGCCGUAUCAUGCAGAAGGUCCUUCCAUGCUAGUCCUAUCUCACUCGCCAUGCAAGAUCCAUACCAAACUCUCGGCGUUGGAAAAUCGGCUACGCCGGCGGAAAUAAAAAAAGCUUAUUACGGGUUAGCCAAGAAAUUCCACCCAGAUACAAAUAAGGACCCGUCGGCGAAAGACAAAUUCGGUGAGAUCCAGUCCGCAUACGAGAUCCUGUCCGAUCCGAAGAAGAGGGAGCAGUACGACCAAUUUGGCGCCGCCGGCUUUGAUCCUAACGGCGGGCCCCAGCCGGGAGGUGAUCCUUUCGGUGGUAAUCCUUUCGCGGGUUUCGGAGGGCAAGGGGGUUUCGGUGCGGGCUUCGGUUUUGACGAUCUCUUUUCCGCAUUUACUGGUGGACGGGGCAGUCCGUUCGGCGGAGGGGGCCGCUCUGGUGGACGAACUUCGUACGGCCAGGAUAUUUUCGUUGGAGAUAAUAUCGAAGUACAAACAACCGUAUCAUUCAUGGAAGCGGCGAGGGGAACUAGCAAGACAAUUACGAUCCAUCCUCUUGUAGAAUGUCAUAGCUGCUCUGGAAGUGGUCUCAAACCAGGUACCAAGCGGACGAACUGUCCUUCCUGUGGCGGCACGGGCACGCAAGUACACGCCAUAUCGGGUUUCCAGGUGGCUACUCCUUGUGGUGCUUGCCAAGGUACUGGACAGUCAACUCCUAAGGGAUCAGAGUGCCGGACGUGUUCCGGGUCUGGAGCCGUUCGGGAACGAAAGACUAUCACUAUAGAUAUACCGGCGGGCGUUGAAGAUGGGAUGACCUUACGAUUAGACGGCGAGGGAGAUGCACCUGUUACUGGCGGCACAGCAUCACCCAAUGCCAGAAAGGCUCGUGGAGAUCUAUACGUUCAGGUCCGAGUAGCCCCUGAUCCCAAGUUCAAGCGAUCUGGCUCCGACAUCCUCCAUACCGCAACUAUCCCCCUAACGACGGCCUUACUGGGUGGUGAGGUGACAGUUCCUACGCUAGAUGGACAAGUCAAGGUGAAGGUCUCGACAGGCACGAGUACCGGUGACAAGAUAACUUUACCUGGAUUAGGUAUGAAGAAGCUUGGUAGUCGACGUGCUAACGCAGCCGGAGACUUGAAGGUCGAAUGGCGAGUGGCGAUGCCAAAGUAUCUCUCCGCCAACCAGAGGACGAUCGUAGAGAUGUUAGCAGACGAGAUGGGCGACAAGACAGCUAAACGGAUAAUGAACGUUAAGAUGCCGGGAUCCAGCAAACCGGGGGAAGCCACAAAGGAUGACGACCCCGAAACGCAUCGAAAUGAAGGAUUCCUAAGAUCUAUAUGGCAUAAUUUAACAAAUCACCCGGCCCACCAGAAACCAGGGGAGAAAGAACACGAUCAAAACAAGGCUGACGAAGACCCCAAAAAGAAGUCUGAUUCUAAGUCGGAUUAAGCUUAUAUCCUUUGGGUGUCUCCUCUAGACGAAUGGGCGAUAUAUAUCCCCUUACAUCAUGUACCAUAAUCACGACUCUCUGGAAAGGGGUGAUGACAUGAGGCACCCGAAAUAUAGAAUAGAAAUUGGAGCUGCAUGGGUGGUGUUGAGGCUGGAUUGGUGAUGUUUCGACCGGGCAUCGCCCGCUUUGGUACCCAAAACGGGAUGCAUUUCGGCUUGUAUAUUACGUGUAGUAGGGGGCUUCAAGGGAUGUCAUAUAAUGCGAGGUCACUCUCCUCAAUACGAGAUUUACGAUGGACCGGAUCGAGUAAGGUUUUGUUGUUUUGAUCGCGCCAAAUCUCAUGGGGUACCUAUCUCCAUAAGGAUAUCCAUCUAUUUUCAUUUGCAUGUAUGUAAUUCGCUAUGCACGUAGGACCUAGGUAGUUAAUGUAAAUACCUAUGUUCAGACGUAUGUAUGUAAGUCAGGUAUGGGGCGUAGAUAAUGUACGGAAUUGAUCUUAC